AUGAAGCUCCGCACCUCACGUCGUGUGGCGGGUCUCAAGCCAGACGACUUUGACCAUGAAAUCUGCCUCGUCGACAAUGAUGGCACGGUAUCCCCGCACAACGGCCACCACUUUGCGCAAAUAGACAGGACCGCCACCAAUUCCAACCUCCUAACCCCCGACGCCGGAACUCGAAGAAGCAGCCGCACUCAAGGUAGUGCUGAUGAGCCGAAUACGUCUAGCAGGCGCCCCAGCCCCAGCGGGAGUCAUGAGGUAAUACUUGAGCAGCCCGAGGAGCAAGAUAAUCAGCGCAAUCCGAGACCUUCGCCAUCACAGCCCUCUAUUGAAGUACACGAUGCAACUCCUAUGCCUGAGCCUCGGCAGUACUCUAGCCCCAACAAGAGAGUCGACAACCGAGAUACUGCCAUCGAUAUUCUCUACGAAAACGAAAGAGGAUGCUUUUUAUGCGGCGCUGCCUUGUUUUCUUCGAAAGCGCUAGGCGGCUUGGAUCCUCCCGCAUGGACAAACGAAUUUCACAAGCCUUCCUUGACCGACAUUCAUACCGCUGAGGUUCCUGACCCGACGUGGGAGUGGGCUUGGCCAGAUUGGCGUAUCAAUCACCAAGAAGGAGUCGACGAGUUUGGCUGGGAAUAUUCCUUUGCAUUCCCUGGCGCGUUCUCCUGGCAUGGUGCCAAGUGGUGGAACUCAUUCGUGAGAAGACGAGCUUGGAUCCGGAGAAGAAUCAAGAAGCGUUGCGACCAUAAGCCUGACGAGCCUCACCUCCUCACCACCGACUAUUUUUCUGUGCGCCCAGCAUCAGAACGGACAAGACGUUCAGAUAGUAGUAUCAUAAGCCGGGACCCCAGCCGCGCAAGCACCGCGCGAGCAUCUACUGUGGAUUUCAUUGAAGAAGAACCCGACAUUUUCGACCUCCCGACUUUGAUGCGGACCCUUCGCUUCGCCCGCAUAGAUCGCGAGAAGAGAGAAGCAGUCGAAAACUACCUGGAGCAUGCCCAGGAUCUACCGGCCAUGCAGAGAAGCAUGCACGAAAUCAUGGGACUCUUCGUCUUCCAGGCUUCACGAAGAUUAUUGCUAUGCCAUCUCCUAAGCAAGUUCAAUGAAGCCACUCGGGACGCUGAGAAAGAGCCCACACCAGCCACAAAGAAUCGAAAAGACGCGCUAAAUGCAGCUCUCCGGCAUGCGGAUGAGGAAGUUCGUAAGCUAGCUUUCUGGAGCGACGUCAAGCACAUGGUUGCCUCGGGUGAAACGAGGAUCAAUUUGGAAGAUGACCGACAUCAAUUCUACGAGACUUUUCAAGGCAUCGACCAGAGUGGCCCAGCGCCACCCAACGGAGGCGAGCUUCCUGGCAAAUCAUGA